GCAGUUAGGACCCAUUGCUGUAUAGAACUUCAAUUGAUAUCUCCAUACAUUUUAAACCCAACAUACGAUACGAUACAGUUAAACAACAGUCAAGAUGCAUUCCCACCUUCACACCCCCUACAACGCAAACUGCGAAGAAAUCAUGACCGCCCUCGACGAAUGCCACGCACGAGGCUUCAUCCACAAAGCCCUGGGUGGAUGCAACGACGUCAAGCGCGACGUGAACAAAUGUCUAGCGGCGGAGCGGUAUGCGCGCGCAAAGCGCAACCGGGAUGAGGCGAAAGAGAAGCGCAAGAAGAUCGAGCGUAUUUGGGCUGAGGAGAAGGCGCUUGCGGAGACGGGGUCGAUUUCUUCGUUGACUUCUUCUGCUUCUGCUUCUUCGGGCUCGAGCUCGGCGGAGAAAUAAAUCUGUUAUUUUGCGCUUGGUUGAUGGGAUAGGGUGGGGUGCUGGUAGUGGUACUGGUGGUGUGUAUGAUAUGAUUGAUGUAUGUGUCUGAUGGGCUGGGUGCAUGUGGGUUCCUUACUUUUGAUUGGCGUUUUGGGAUUAUAUUAUAUUAUAUCAUAUCAUUCUCUCUCUUCUUAUGGUGCUUCUUUGGGGUUGUAUGUUGAUGUUGUGCUGGGAUGUUAGAUGUUGGAAUCGUUCUAACAAUAUCGAUGAUAAAUACCUAUACAC